AUGGCUGACCGACUGAGGGACAUGACGCUAGCGUCCGGCUUCACGGCUACGCAACACAGCAAAGCUUCACCUACCCUCGACCCAGCCAACAACAAGCUUUCAGCACCACUUUCUGUCCUCAUAGUUGGCGCAUCGCGAGGUAUCGGCGCAGGCAUUGCUGAAGCCUACGCAAAAGCCGGUGCAGCGAACCUCCUCCUUGCAGCCCGUCAAUCCUCCUUCGACAAAUUACGCGCCGUCGAGCAGAGGGCCAAAGAUGUUGCGCCUUCUUCCAUAGCUACCAAAUGCCUUGACGUUGACAUUACCGACUCCGCCAGCGUGGCUCAGCUCGCCAAAGCAGUGCGAGAGGAAGUCAGUACCCUCGACGUCGUCGUGCUCAACUCUGGAACCGCGGGCCCGAUGGGUCUCAAAGUCGAUGAAGAGGACCCGAAAGAUUUCCAAGGCGUUCUCGACGUCAAUGUCAUCGGGUCAUUCAAUGUUGCGCACCACUUCAUGCCGCUGUUGAAAGAGAGCGGGGGAGCCAAAACGUUCAUUGCGGUUGGAUCGUUCGCUGCGACGGUCACUCAUGAAAACUUGGGGGGCACGUCGUAUUGCAUAUCAAAGUUUGCGCAGGCAAGGCUUGUGGAGUUCUUGUCGGGACAGUAUGGUGAGGACGGGGUUUUGUCUGUCGCGGUUCACCCUGGUGGGGUGGAUACAGAAUUGGCGACAGCGAAUGCGCCAGAAAGUUUUCGCGCUUAUUUGACGGACGAUGUUGGACUGUGUGGUGCAUUCUGUGUUUGGCUUAGUCAAGAGAAGAGAUUGUGGCUGAAUGGCAGACUCUUGAGUGCGAAAUGGGAUGUCGAUGAGCUGGCGGAAAAGAAGAGUAGCAUUGAAGAACAGGACUUGUUGAAGUUUGGCUACAGAGUUGGAAAUCCUGCUGUUAGUGGGCGGGAAUGGUCGGGACUGUCGGAAGUCGUAAAACCUCGUGUGCGUUAG